AUGAUCCUAAACUUCUUCGACCAAUUCCUAAGCCCCUCCCUUCUAGGUAUUCCAUUAUUCGCCUUAGCAAUUAGCUUACCAUGACUACUUUUCCCAACUCCUACCCACCGAUGAUUAAAUAAUCGGUUAAUGACAUUACAAGCCUGAUUCAUUAAUCGAUUCGCAUUUCAACUAAUACAACCAAUCAAUUUAAAAGGCCAUAAAUGAAUUAUAUUGUUUACAGCACUAAUACUAUUCCUAAUCUCUAUUAACCUCCUCGGAUUGCUCCCCUACACAUUCACACCCACAACCCAGCUUUCACUUAAUAUAGCAUUUGCCCUCCCCCUAUGACUAACCACAGUACUGAUCGGAAUACUAAAUCAACCCACUAUUGCCUUAGGACACCUACUACCAGAAGGUACUCCAACCCCAUUAAUUCCAAUCCUAAUUGUUAUUGAAACAAUUAGUUUAUUUAUUCGACCCUUAGCACUAGGAGUCCGACUAACUGCAAACCUUACAGCAGGUCAUCUUCUAAUGCAACUCAUUGCAACAGCAGCUUUCGUAUUAAUUACUAUAAUACCUACUGUAGCAGCACUAACCUCAAUAAUCCUAUUUUUAUUAACUGUCCUAGAAGUCGCUGUCGCAAUAAUUCAAGCAUAUGUAUUUGUCCUCUUAUUAAGCCUCUAUCUACAAGAAAACGUAUAA